AGUCUCUGUUUAUUCAAACUCCAUAACAAAACUGAAACUUUUUAACGCUGCGUUCCCUUUAAGAGGUGCAGGGUGGAGCUGUACAGGAAGUGAAGUGUCAACGCCAGUCUAUCCAAAACAGAACCGAAGAGCGUCGAUUUGAUGAAUGACCAAAUAAAUAUUACAGCCCUACUCUGCUUCACAGUGCCUUCAAAAUAGAGACUCUGCUGCCAUCUGCUGGUCAGCUGGAGAACUGCAGCACUGGCGUCAUGGUGAAAGAUGUUUCGAAAGGUCAAGAAGCGGCACAGCAGCAGCAGCUCCCUGAGCAGUGAGAUCAGCACUAAAAGCAAGUCAGUAGAUUCCAGUUUGGGAGGCCUGUCUAGGUCAAGCACAGUCGCUAGCCUUGACACAGACUCCACCAAAAGCUCAGGCAACGCUGUGUCUGACACCUGUGCUGAGUUCAGAGUGAAGUAUGUGGGAGCCAUUGAGAAACUGCAUUUUGAUAUGAGCAAAACCCUACAGGAACCUCUAGACCUCAUCAGCUACAUCGAUGCUGCUCAGCAAGGUGGAAAGCUACCGUUUGUGCCUGGAGAUGAGGAGAUGAUUCUGGGAGUGUCCAAGUAUGGUGUUAAAGUGGCUUCAUUGGAUCAGUGUGAUGUACUUCACCGUCAUCCACUCUAUCUGAUAGUGCGUAUGCUUUGCUAUGAUGAUGGUCUGGGCGCAGGAAAAAACCUGCUAGCACUGAAAACUACUGAUGCAAAGCAGGAGGAGUGUAGCAUCUGGGUGUAUCAGUGCAGUAGUGCGGAACACGCCCAGGCCAUCUGCAAAGUGCUGUCUGCCUCCUUCGACUGUGCUCUGGUCUCAGAGAAGUCCUGAGGUGUCUUCACGAAGUCGGUUUGAAGUUGCCGUUUUAAACUCAUCUGAAAGAAAUGUUACCGUUUCAUUUUUAAGUGCUGGUGAUUGGUACUUGUACGGCUUGAGCGGGCGAUCAUCUCCGUCACAUGUUUACACCAUAGUCUUACCCAGCAUCCUCUGUUCCCGACGUCACCCAUAAGUCCAGCUAGCAGGUUUGGGCUACGUCUAUUUUUGUAACCUAAUUUAAUCUUAUUUAAUGUAAAUGUACAGUAACCUCAGUGCACUUUUCCAAGCAUGCACCAGUAAAUCUGUGAUUGUCUAGGACCUGGUGAGAUUUGUGUGAAGCACGGUACAAUGUUAGUGUGUAACGGGGAUUGUUCAUCAAGUAUGCUGUAAACCACAGACCCGUUGCACUCUGUAGAUGCAGGGUGUGAUGGGUGAUAUGACAAUCAGAACUGUUUGAAGGAUUACAGAGGAGUGGCCUGGUCCAGCUGGGAACGGAUCAGUUAAUGCGGUACAAUAAAACAGUGCAAAUGUAAUUUGAACAAGUGGCACAUUCUCAUUUAAACAAAUGCAAAUUUUGUGCACUGAAAAACUUAACAAAGACGCGUACACACUGCAUCUAAAUUGGGUUUGUAUCACAGUUUUAGGGUCACAGUUUCUGUGCGGUUCAGUGUGUGCUGUGUUCAGGGACCCUGACAUCCAGUGCGAGUCAGUUAUCACUAAUGUGUGAGAGACUUCUGUUCCGUAUACAUAUGAAAUGAUCAUUUAGAGGAUUUACUCGCAUUGAAAUGCGUUUUUCACUUCUGAAACUUUGCAGUGUGUACGUGACCAAAGUUUAAGCAUCUAUGGUAAACUGUGGUAAGUGGAAAGUUUAAUCCUGACUCUUUUUUUCAGCGGAACACAUGAUAUUUGUGUGUCCAUACAAUGGAAGUCAAUGGGGGGCAAUGUUGUUUUGUAACCAAAACAUUUCAUACAGAACUGAAAGUCAUACAGGAGUGUCAUGAGGGUGAAUAAAUGGCAAAAGAAUUGUCAUUUUUGGUUGAACUGCCCCUUUAAAGUAAAUGGUCAAAUUUACGUCAAAGGUUUUAAAUAUUACAUCUACCUUUAUCCAGUAGAUGGCAGUGUUUUCAGCCUAUUUAAAGUGGAAGUUCACUCAAAAAUGAAAAUUCUUUCAUCAUUUACGCACUCUCUUGUCAUUUCAAACCUG